ACUCUCAAAGGUUCCUGAUAAGAAACCACUAACAAAGCAACUUGCGUAUUAAUAUGUCGUCAAACCCAGUAUGACGUUCGUCAAAAAACUCACCCUAAUAUUGUUCAUAGUACUAAACAUAUCGACAACCACGGCCCUGCGCUUCUUCCAAUCCCGUAAACGCAAAAAGAAAUGUCUGGUCCGCGAACAAUGGAAUUUCCACUACGUCACCUGUGCCUCCAAGUACCAGAAGUGCUGUGCUACAGGCUGCUGCGACAGCGCUAUCAACAACGCCACCACAGCUUACGUGAAAGCACUUAUAGUUUGCAGCGUGAUCGUUAUGGGUUUCAUGAUGGUGUACAUCGAGAUAUGGUGCAAGAAGAAGUGUAAGGGUUGGAAGAAGAAGUGCAAAAGUUGCGUGACGAGUAAAGAUGGGGUGGAUUUGCGAGGGUGCGAAGAGAACUGCCAGGAAAUGGAAAGUUUCAAUGGCGGGAACGAGGGUGGUAAAUAACCUAAAAGUUGACACAAUAUGUUCUACAAGAAGGUAUAUUGGAGUAUUGUUAAGAAGACACUGUGUUUUAUCUUAUACAUAUAUUAAGAAAACGAAACUAUGCUACUGUAAACAUGUAUCAGCUCAAUUUUUAUUAUUUAAAUAACUCACAACGUCACAACGUAUUAUUAUAAUUGGAAUUCUUGA